CACAGCCACCCACCACAGCUGUUACUAACAACAAACCUUCCCUCCCGGUUACUAUAAAAGGUGCCGCUCAGAGCAGCUCCGUUCCCAGCCUUUGUCCUCCGAGCCCGUUGCUGUCGGCUCGAAGAACCUCUGCAGCAUGCGCGAGUGCAUUUCUGUCCACGUCGGCCAGGCUGGCGUGCAGAUCGGCAAUGCCUGCUGGGAGCUGUACUGCCUGGAGCACGGCAUCCAGCCGGACGGGCAGAUGCCCAGCGACAAGACCAUCGGGGGAGGGGACGACUCCUUCAACACCUUCUUCAGCGAGACGGGCGCUGGGAAGCACGUCCCCAGGGCCGUCUUCGUGGACCUGGAGCCCACUGUGAUCGACGAGGUUCGGACCGGCACUUACCGCCAGCUCUUCCACCCGGAGCAGCUCAUCACCGGCAAGGAAGAUGCUGCCAAUAACUAUGCCCGUGGGCACUACACCAUCGGCAAGGAGAUCAUCGACCUGGUGCUGGACAGGAUCCGGAAGCUGGCCGACCAGUGCACGGGGCUCCAGGGCUUCCUCAUCUUCCACAGCUUCGGGGGUGGCACCGGCUCUGGAUUCACCUCCCUGCUGAUGGAGCGUCUCUCCGUUGAUUAUGGCAAGAAGUCCAAGCUGGAGUUCUCCAUCUACCCAGCGCCUCAGAUAUCCACCGCGGUGGUGGAGCCCUACAACUCCAUCCUGACCACCCACACCACCCUGGAGCACUCGGACUGCGCCUUCAUGGUAGACAAUGAGGCCAUCUACGACAUCUGCCGCAGGAACCUGGACAUCGAGCGCCCCACCUACACCAACCUCAACCGGUUGAUAGGUCAGAUCGUGUCCUCCAUCACCGCCUCCCUCCGAUUCGAUGGUGCCCUCAAUGUGGAUCUGACAGAAUUCCAGACCAACCUGGUGCCCUAUCCCCGUAUCCACUUCCCGCUGGCCACCUACGCCCCCGUCAUCUCUGCAGAGAAGGCCUAUCAUGAGCAGCUCUCCGUGGCUGAGAUCACAAACGCCUGCUUUGAGCCAGCCAACCAGAUGGUGAAGUGUGACCCCCGCCAUGGCAAAUACAUGGCCUGCUGCCUCUUGUACCGCGGUGACGUGGUUCCCAAAGACGUCAAUGCUGCAAUUGCCACCAUCAAAACCAAGCGCAGCAUCCAGUUCGUAGACUGGUGCCCAACUGGCUUCAAGGUUGGUAUCAACUACCAGCCUCCCACUGUGGUUCCCGGUGGCGACCUGGCCAAGGUGCAGCGGGCCGUGUGCAUGCUGAGCAACACGACGGCCAUUGCCGAGGCCUGGGCUCGGCUGGACCACAAGUUUGACCUGAUGUAUGCCAAGCGGGCCUUCGUGCACUGGUACGUGGGGGAGGGGAUGGAGGAGGGGGAGUUCUCCGAGGCCCGGGAGGACAUGGCUGCCCUGGAGAAGGAUUACGAGGAGGUGGGGACAGACAGUGUGGAUGGAGAAGGAGAGGAAGAGGAAGGUGAUGAAUACUAGAAGGUAAAAGUCCUGUUUGGACGGCUGGGAAAGAGCCUCACGUCUUCCUCACUGAUGCACUUGGGAAAACUGUCCACCUUAAAUAAAACAGUUCCUCCAGUCAUGUUUGCUGCAUCC